AUGACCAUUGGCAAUUUCAGUUAUAUGCCUGAAUCCAGUGAGUCUUUAAACUCCCUCCGUACGGAUUCGCAAAUGCUAAACCACCAAAUGUCAAUAGUAUCAACCUCAAGGCCAGUGGUUUCACAACUCCAACAAAAUAACGAAAAAAUACUACCACAAUUGUUGCACCAACUAAUUCUAGAUUUGUCAAUACCAGAAAAAAGAGAGUAUGCCCUGAUAGAACUAAGCAAGCAGCGCGAAAACUACCCUGAUUUGGCAAUUCUACUUUGGCACUCAUUUGGUACUGUAGCAACCCUUUUGUAUGAAAUUGUUUCUGUUUACCAUUAUCUGUAUCCUUUGACCAUUUCAAUGGCCGACUCGACCAAGGCGUCAAACUCGCUAUCGCUUUUACAAUGUAUCGCAUCACACCCACAAACGAGACAACAUUUUCUAAGCGCUCACAUACCUUUGUUUUUGUACCCAUUUCUCAACACUGCCUCGAAGAGCAGAAGAAUAGAGUACCUCAAGCUUACUUGCCUUGGGGUUAUAGGAGCACUCGUGAAGAGUGAUGACGAGGAGGUCAUAGUUUUUUUACUUGAGACUGAAAUAAUCCCCCUAUGUCUGAGGAUAAUGGAGACGGGCUCUGACAUUUCAAAGACGGUGUCGAUUUUCAUAGUUCAGAAGAUACUCAUGGAUGACCGAGGCCUCGCAUACGUUUGCGCUACCGCAGAGCGUUUCUAUGCAGUGACGUCCGUAUUAAACAAUAUGGUCAUGGGACUUCUGGAAAGCCCAUCCAGAAGGAUCCUGAAGCACAUCGUAAGGUCAUAUUUGCGUCUAUCGGAUAACACGAGGGCGCGUGACGCGCUCCGUAAAUGCUUACCGGAACCCUUGAGGAAAAUUGAUCCGUCAUUUUAUCCCUGCUUGAAGGAGGAGCCGAUGCUCAAGAAGUGGCUUCUGCAACUCAUUUGUAACACGGAGCCAAUUGACGAGAACCAUCCAAUGUAA